UAGACCGAUACAGGACUAAUCUGUGAAUACAACAGUUAAUCUGUUGGUUGUGUCCAUAGAUUAAACACAUAAUAUAUUUGAGAGUUGUAUCUGUUCCUCACAAAAUCGAGAAAUUAAACAGUGCUAAAUAGUUUUCAAAGAGUAAAGUAAUUUAAGUAGGUAGUGUUUUAAUUAAUCUGCGAGUUAAGAAUAAAUCAUGGAGUAAAAUAUGUAAUUUAAGUUAAUAAAUCUCAAAAUAAAUUCUGUACCUACCAACAUAAAUAAAUAAAUAACUUUUAAACUUUACUAAAAACAAUUAACUUAACCAUUCAACCAGUUUAAAUUAGGGGAAACUAUUUAAAAAAAAACAGACUUUAACUAAGUGUAACUUUAAACAGUAAAAUUAGUGUGCUAAAUUUUAAUACACUGAACACGAGAAAUUCUAAAAUAUUUUGUUGGUGUAUGUACUUGUUAAUGUGACAAACUUAUGGCGUCUUUAUCCUUGCCCCGUGUGCUUCAGCUGAAAAAGAACAGUCUGGAUGCUGAACGUGAGCAGUUCGAGAAGACCCAGACACUAGCCAUUCAGAAGGCGAUCAACACCAACGAGACACCGGUCAAAGAGAAACAUGUCCGAAGCACGAUCAUCGGUACAUUCAGGGAACAAAGCGCCAUCACCUAUUGGAUGGUCGCCGUCCGACUUCCGAUCCAGGAUAAUCGGAUCGUGGCUUGGAAGUUCUGUCACGUGACCCAUAAACUGCUGCGCGAGGGUCACCCGGCGUGCCUUGACGAUUCGCAGAGGCACAUCUCCAUGAUCGAAAACCUCGGCAAGCUCUGGGUGCAUCUUCGUGAAGGCUACGGCAAGCUGGUGCAUCUGUACUGCAACUUGCUGGUAUGCAAAUUGAAGUUCCACGCGAGAAAUCCUCGUUUCCCAGGGAACAUGCAGCUUACGGCCGACGAACUGGACGCGAUCGCUGAGAACGACGUCAACAACUAUUUCCAGUUAUGCGUAGAGUUGUUCGACUACAUGGACGAAAUUCUAAAUUUACAAGCAGCAGUGUUCGACAGCCUGGGCAACGCUCGGGCCAACUCGAUGACGGCGAGCGGCCAGUGCCGGCUGGCGGCGCUCAUCCCGUGCGCGCAGGACGCGUCGCAGCUGUACGACUGCAACGUGCGCCUGCUGUUCCGGCUGCACGCCGCGCUGCCCGCCGACACGCUGCUCGGACACCGCGAGAGAUUCAGACAGCAGUUCAAGAAACUGAGCACGUUCUACAAGCACGCGAGUAGUCUCCAGUAUUACAGGAAUUUGCUGACUCUGCCGGUGUUGCCAUCUAAUCCACCUAAUUUUCUACUCCAGAGCGAGUUCGGCACGUACGUGACGCCGGUGGUGUCGGUGCCGGAGCCGCCGCCGGACGAGCCGGACGCGGUCGGCGCGCUCGUCGACACGUCCGACGCACUCAGCCAGUCCACAUCGGAUCAGUUCGAGGAGUUUGAGAGUCGUCCGUCGGCGUCCCCGCAGCCCGACCCCGUCGUGGAGCGGGACCGGCUCAUCGACCAUCUGCAGAACGAACUUAAAAGGAUGAGGACCGAAGUAUCACAAUUGGUGCAAGAAAGGAAUUCAAUGCUCGGCUCGAUGAGGGAGCAUUGUAUACGUUUAGAAACUCAACUGCAGACCGCUAAAGCUGAGUUGGAAGAUGAGAAACAGAGGGCCGUGGCUUUGUCUGCUGAGACCCCAGAAAUUAAACAGAAACUGGUUCAAACAGAGGAGAUGGCUAAAACGAUCGACGAAAAGUUCCAGAAACUUAAAGGGGCGUACACACAACUACGGGAAGAACACAUCGUUCUGAUUAGAAAAAAAGCCGAGGUAGACAAAAUGGCCGCCAAUUUACGCGCCACAGCCGCUCAGCAUGAAACCGCCAAAAUGUCGUUACAGCAACAACUCAACGACAGAAUGAAAGAUGUUGAAUUACUACAACAAAGUGCUUCGUCGAGUGAAGAGAUUGAAGUGUACAAAUCAGAAAUAGCAAACCUUCGUAGCGAAUUAGAACAAUCUAGAGAAAAAGAGAAUGAAUUCCAAAUCUUAAAAGCUUCCAUGGAAGCUCUAGAGAUUGAACAUAAAACUGUUAAAACUGAACAAGAAGACAAAAUCCUGACGAUAUCGAAUGAACUCAAAGAAUCUAAAGAAAUUUUAGAAAAAGUAAUGCAAGAAAAAAUUGAUAAAGAUACUGAAUUAAUUAGAGUUAAAGAAGAAUUGUUAGGAUUGAGAGAAAAGAGUGGAGAUGAGUAUAAAAAGGUAGUUGAAGAAAAAGAGGAAGCUCUUAAAAAAAUCAUCGAACUAUCAGAAACUCAUGCAAAGGAAAAAGAGGAAUUAAUUUUUUCGAACGCUGAAUUUGUUAAUCAAUUACAAAUGGAUUUGGAUAAAUUGAAACAAAAUUUAGCGGAUGUUGAAUCGAAUUAUUCUUUAAAAUUUGAAAUCCUUAAUGAAGAAAUGGUGAAAAAGAAUUCAGAGUUUGAAAAAAUUCUCAACGAGAAAGAUUGUGAUUUAAAAGAAGCUCUACAAAAACUUGAAGCGAUAGAGAAUGAUUAUGAAACCGUUAAAAAAAUUUACAAAGAACAAGAACAAGAGAAGCAGGAACAAAUAAAUAAAUUGUCUUUGGAAAUAGAGAAUUGCAAAAGAAAUAAUGAAAUCGUUCAAGAAGUAAAUAAUGAGAAAUUAGAACUUGCUAAUCGGAUAUCGGAUUUAGAAUGUUUAGGUGAAAAAAAUAACAAUAAAAUUGGAGAAUUAAACGAAAUAAUACAAGAACAAAAGGAGCUAGUAGAAAGGGAGAAACAGCAGAAUGAAUCACUGUCGAUAAGAAUCAAAGAACUUGAAUCAGAAAGAGAGGAACACAGUAAGAAUAUUGAUGAAUUAAAUGAACAACUAAAAGAUGCCUUAAGUCGGUCAGAAAAAUUGAAGUUCGAUUAUGAAGAUCAAUUGAAAAGUACUAAUUACAAUGUAACGUUAUUAAAUGAUAAACUUCAGAACGUAACUGGUUGCAAAGACGAUUUGAUAGAUAGCUUGAAAAGCAUGAUUACCGAAAAAGAUAAACAGGUUAUAAACUUAAAUUGUGAAGUAACCAAACUAACAGAAAAUGUCACCAGACUAACUGAAGAACUAACCGAAACUCAUGCUGAAUUGGAGAUAGGCAAGAACGAAUUCUUUACUUUAAGAGAAGAAUUCGAAAAUAUCAUGGAUCGCAAUGAAAAAGAUUUGGCCUUAAAAGAUCAAGAGCUUGCCAACCUCCGGGAUGAGAUCAACAAAAUAACCAAAAAGACGGACAAACUUGAAAAAGAAAAAGUUGAUUUACUUUCCGAAUUGGAUUUAGAGCGACAGACGUUUGAAAAUAAAAUAAAAGAACUUCAUCUCGAUAACCAAAGACUGCAAGCUGACUACGAAGCCAUAGAGUCUGAAAAACAAAAGCUAAGCCAUGAAUUGACGUCACAGAUUGAAAAGAUCAAUUCAGAUUACGAAAUGUUAAUGAACACAAAUACAAAUGAUAAGGUUGAAUACACCGAACGUAUUAGUGAUUUACAAUUAUCAAAUUCGUCAAAAGAUGAAAUCAUUAAUACAUGCAAAGUUGACAUUGAAAAUUUGAAAGCGGAAAUCGAAGAAUUGAAACAAAAUAAUUUAAAAGAAAAGGACGAUAUCGAAGCGGUUCUGACUGAAAGAAAUAAACAGAAACAGUUGUCGGAGGCUAGAAUAGAGCACGUCGAACACAUGCGACUGAACGCAGAGUGUGAAUUACAGGAUUUGUUACAAAACAAUUCCGUACUAGAAGCGGACGUGGCGGCUUUGAAGCGGCAACUCGACGAGGCGCAAAGGGAACUAGAGAAACAGCGUCUCGAAGCGGUGACGUGUGUCGGGGAGGCCGCUUUGGCGCUGACGAACGAAGCGUUAGCGGCCCUCGAGCGGUCCGACGCGCAGGAGUCGACCCUGCUCGCCUCGCAACUGGCCGUCGAAGCUUUCGAACAACUCGACAAAUGUUCCGAGAUCAAGGGCAAUGAGGAAGCUGUAAUGAAAUCCGCAAUAAACGUGGCCCACAACACCGCGCAGCUCGUUGGCUACGUCACAGAGGCUUCCCAUGUUUCCACCAGCUUGGAAUUGACGGAUAAACUACAGAACGAAUGCCGCGCCAUGCUGAGCUCGACGAGGGAGUGCCUGGAGGCGGUGCGGGGCGGGCGCGCGGCGGGCACGCGCUGCGGGGAGGCGCGCGCCCGCGUGCUCGGCGCCGCGCACGCCGCCGCCGCCGCACUGCGACCCGACGGCGCCGCGCGGACCGUCGACGACGAGCUCGACGACAUGGACGCCGCCAUAGAGCACGCCGCCUCGCAGAUAGAGGAAAUGUUAGCGGCCAGUAGAGCUGGCGACUCCGGGGUGAAGUUAGAAGUCAACGGUAAGAUCCUGGACGCUUGCACCACCCUGAUGGCCGCGGUGAAGGUUCUCGUCCAAGACGCCAGACAGCUGCAAAACGAACUCGGCGAUCAGCACUCCCGGCAGAAGAUGUACCGGAAGAACCCGCAGUGGUCCGAAGGAUUGAUAUCCGCGGCGAAGGCCGUAGUCUUCGCUGCCAAGCUACUCGUAUCGUCAGCGGACGAGGCGGUGGGCGGCAGCGGGCGCAUGGAGGGCGUGUCGGCGGCGGCGCACGAGGUGGCGGGCAGCACCGCGCAGCUCGUGGCGGCCUCCCGCGCGCGCGCCCCCCCGCAGACCCCCGCCCUCACCCGCCUCACGCAGGCGUCGCGCGGGGUCGCCGCCGCCACCGGCGCGCUGGUGGGCGCCGUGCGGGCCGCCUCCGCGCGACUCAACGAACAGGAAGCUCUAGACACGUCGGCACUAACGCUGACGGCGACGCGUAUCCUGGAGAUGGAGAGCAAGGUGCGGUCGCUGGAGCUGGAGAGCGCGCUGGACGCGGAGCGGGCUCGCCUCGCCGCGCUGCGGAAGCGACACUACCUGCUCGCGCAACAAGAAGAGAAUGGAAGCAUAACCAACGGGAAGGAGUGAUUUCAUUAGGAAUAUAUUUUGAGGAAACACCAAUUAUGCAAAAACAAUAUCGAUACAGACUGAAAUAUUUUAUAAAACAUUUUUGUAUGAAGCCACAAAAUUGACAUCAAAUUGAAUAUGAAUUAAAAUUGAUCCAAGUAACAAAACUUUUAGUAAUUUUUUAUAGACGAUUGUAUGUCAUUGUAAUCGACAAUAUUUUAGUAUCUAGAGAGAGUUUUUAUUUUAUACUAAUUUAAUCUUUUGUAUAGUCUAUGUAUAUGUUCUACAAAUAUUAGGAUAUUGAAGAAUUUUGGAAAGUGUUGUUAAGAAUAACAAAUAUCUGACAAUUUCGCAGCAAAAAUAGGCAGAUAAUAGCCAGCUUUUCGUUCAAUUGUAGAGGUUGCCAGAAAAAAAAUACUACUUUUAAAAUGUAAUUUCCCGAUUAAUUACUUUAUACUAUUUUUUUGUUUUUUAAAUUUUUUAUUUUUUUAUUGCCCUUGUAGGCAGACGAGCAUACGGCCCACCUGAUGGUGAGUGGUUACCGUUGCCCAUGGACUUCAGCAAUGCCAGGGGCAGAGCCAAGCCGCUGCCUACCGCAAUUGUGUGUCACUUAAACUCUUAGUACUAAAUACUAAACACAGUUUCGAAAAUUUGUAGACAUCCCUAUUGGCAAAACGGUUUCACGCAACAUUAGUAACAAAUUUGUUAAUCAGGGAUAAGGAGAAGGAAAAUAAUGUAUUCCAUGUUAUGGUAUUUUGUAAGGUAGCUACAACGAAAAUGGUCUACAUUUGUAAUAAUGUAGGAAUAAAAUCGUUUAGUAACAUAGAACUUGGCCGCAGUUGUAAUGAACAUAGCAGGUGGCGGCAUUUACGUUGUAGAUGUCUAUGGGCUCCGGUAACCACUUAACGCCGGGUGGGCUGUGAGAUCGUCCACCCAUCUAGGGCUAUAAAAAAAACACGGUGUGAAAUAUUCGUUUCCAAAGUCGAAAAAUUCAGAAACUUUACCUCAAGCGGAACUCGACAUUUUGCUUAUAUAAAAAAAAAAGUUUAGUUAGUUCCAGUCGUAAAGCUAAAAAAUGAAGCUUAAGGCGCCUUCCAUAAUUAAGUAUAGAUUUCCACGUCAGGAUUUUAAUUGCAAAAAUUGAAAUAAAUUUGAGAAUUAUUUUUUUCAGCUCUCUCUGUGUCUCUAUUUUUGGGAAUAGUUCUUUACACCCUGUAUAUAAAAGAAAAUAGUAAUUCCUGGAAACAUUAAGAUGUUUUUUUUUUUCUAUAUAUUUAGUUAUGUUGUUUAAUCAUGAUAACCAUGAUGUUUAAUCUGAAAUCAAAUUUUACUAUAAAAUAAGCAUUUCACUGGAUUGUUAAGCCUCCUCUGAAUAUGAUUCCCACGAUAUUGAGCUUUAAGCGAAUGAGACUAAGAUUAAAAAAAUAUAUAUUAAAAAAGUUAAGUUUUUAUGUAUUUUUAUGUAUCUAAUAUAAAAAAAAAAAAACUAUUUCGUAAUCUAAUAAAUGUGUAUCAUAAAUCAACGAAUAGUAAACUACACAGUGUAUUAAUUUCUAUUUUUACUGAUUUUAUGCAAAAAAACAAUAAAAAUUACCAUAAUCAAUGGAAGUUUCAAACUUAAUAUUAUUACUUUCUAUUGGAUGCAGUAAAUAUAGUUCAACCGAAA